UUCAGGUUUUAAAACUUUUUAUUUGCAUAUUAAAAAAAUUGUGCAUUCCAAUAAUUAAAAUUUGAACAACAACAACAAAAAAUGGCACUCUGAUUAAACUGCAUUUUACAGCCCGCAGAACACCUUGGACCAGCUUUUUACUCUAGAUUUCACUGUCGUCCCACCCAGCUUCCUCCUUCACCAACAUGCAAGUUCUUUUCCUUCCCUGCCAGCCACAUAGGCAGAUGGGAGAGGCAGGUACUCGGCAGCAGCCACAGCGCAGACCAGACUUCACUUGCUCGCAGCUCGCUCCGCGCCCUCUGCAACAAUGUCUGACAAGCCCGAUAUGGCGGAGAUUGAGAAGUUCGAUAAGUCGAAAUUGAAGAAAACGGAAACGCAAGAGAAAAACCCACUGCCUUCGAAAGAAACGAUUGAACAGGAGAAGCAAGCAGGCGAGUCGUAAUGAAGCGUGCGCCGCCAGUGUGCACUGUACAUUCCACAAGCAUUGCCUUCUUAUUUUACUUCUUUUAGCUGUUUAACUUUGUAAGAUGCAAAGAGGUUGGAUCGAGUUUAAAUGACUGUGCUACCCCUUUUCACAUCAAAGAAUGGAGAACUACU